AUGGGCCCUGCGGGCUGUGUCUUCCCACUGCUCCUUCUGCUGGGUGAGCCCCUGAGGGAUUACCCUACCAGACUCCAGGAAGCAGAAAUAUCCAUCAUUGAACACCUGGCUUGUGAAAAAAUCUACAACCCAGUUGGUAUCCUAUUGCCACAAACAAAGUGGGUCAUCCAGGAAAGCAUGAUUUGUGCUGGUGACCCUGCUAAGAAGAAGGAUACUUGCCAGGGUGAUUCUGGAGGGCCCCUGGCAUGUCAUAUUGAUGGUGUAUGGAUCCAGAUAGGAGUGUCAAGCUGGGGGAUAGAGUGUGCUGAUCUUUUUCCUGGAGUCUACACUAAUGUGACCUACUACCAAAAAUGGAUUAUCACCAUUAUCUCAAGAGCUGAGGUCUUGCGUGCCAACAAUCUGGACUUAUCUGACUUUGUGUUCCUUAUUAUACUGCUUUCUCUGGCUCUCCUGGGACCCUCCUGUGCCUCUGGGCGCCAUCUCUUACCAGGAGAGUAGGCGGAAUGGUGGGCUGGGAAGGGAAUGCAUGGAGAAUAAGCCCUAGGGGCGGAGAACUUACACCUAACGUCACAGGGAACUCUGGAUGAGUUCAGUAAGAUAAUUAGAAAUGAUUUUAUUUUUGAGGUUCUUGAUUCUAGAAGUAGGUUUUACUGGUUGGAAUGUAAACGGCUGAGAAAUAAGGAUGCCACUUUUGUGCAUG